AUGUCUUCUCCAUCGUCAACUUCAUCCGCAAAGCGAAAGAGGCUGACCGCCACGGCGGAUCUCCAACCUUCAUCACGCGAUGCCUCCGGCGAAGAGCUGGCCGAUUCUCCCUCGCAUAACCUGCGAAAUCGCAAGCACGCUUCAAGCAAUUCAAUUGACAACAACAUCCCGCCUAGCAAGCGAGCACGCACGCGGUCGAAUGCUAAGUCCGCCGAGUCUAACGGUCCCCCUGGGCCAGACGCUGCGCACGACAACCGCGGUGAACAAUCGGCCACCACCUUGGACAAUGACGAGGAACAGACCCUCAAGAGACAAAGUAGAAUCACAAGUUCCUCGACGAAAGCUAUUGUCGCUGGCGACCAUGGUACCAUGGAGGAUGCUGGCAAAGCUGGAAUGAGAGAUCCUGUGGGAGGAUACAAGACAAAUCCGCCGCCUGUGGGUAGGCCCGUCAGAGUCUAUGCCGAUGGAGUUUUUGAUCUGUUCCACCUGGGGCACAUGCGGCAGCUCGAACAAGCAAAGACCGCCUUUCCAGACACCUACCUGAUUGUUGGAGUAACAGGAGAUGCAGAGACACACAAGAGAAAGGGCUUGACCGUGCUCACCGGCGCAGAAAGAGCAGAAACACUCCGCCACUGUCGAUGGGUCGACGAAGUCAUCCCAAAUUGUCCCUGGAUCGUCACGCCCGAGUUCCUCGAAAAGCACAAGAUUGACUACGUGGCGCACGAUGAUGAACCUUAUGGCGCAGCUGAAGGAGACGACAUCUACGCACCUAUCAAGAAGGAGGGCAAGUUCCUUGUCACGCAGCGGACCGAGGGUGUCUCGACGACUGGAAUCAUCACUAAGAUUGUCCGAGAUUACGAGAAGUACAUUGUGCGGCAACUCAAGAGAGGCACCAGCCGCCAGGAACUCAACAUAAGCUGGCUCAAGAAGAACGAGUUGGACCUGAAAAGGCACAUGCAGGAACUGCGAGAUAGUGUCAAGUCCAACUGGAUAACGGCCGGCGGAGAAAUCUCAAGAGACCUACGAUCGUUCUGGACAAACGCCAACUCUCGACCUGCAAGCCCAGCUCCGUUUAACAGACAGCUGAGCGAAAGUGCCCUCAGGAGUCCAACUGGUGGCCUGAGUGUGGUCGAGCAGUUGAAGCAGUUGGAAGCAGGUCAAGUCGACAAGAGAAGCAUAUCUCCCGGGAGACUCAGCAGGAGCGAGGACUUUGCCGCUGGGUACAGCUUAGGAUUGAUUGGCGGUGUCAAAUCAUGGAUGAUGCGUGGCCAACGAGCACUUCGAGAUAGCCAAGCCCCAAGUCCGGAAGGAAGCGAGGACGACGAGGCUAGGAGUCCCGUCAGCAAUGAUGGGAAUGAUCGAGAGCCUCUCACUGUUACCCUGACGCCUCCGGCUGGGUUUGGAAGAGGUCGAAAAGGAAAGACUGCUAAGAGCGAUCCUCAGGAACCUAAGCGAGAAGCUUUGGAUGUCUUGCAUUGA